AUGCAAAGUCUCGCUCCUCGCGUAGGGCGGAACAUUACCGAUAAUCAGCCGACCACCCAAUCACAGCAACCCAUUUGCAAGCACCACCAAACGUCUGGCGUGGUCAUGGACUGGUCGACAUUUCGACUGGAGAAAGCUCUCUCAAGACCACCAACUCCCUCGCCUCUUCGCCCUGCCGCCUCCCCUCCGCCGACGACCGCCAUUGACGCUGCUCAAUCAAUUCACAAUGGCGAGCAAGAUCACCCCCUUCCUCUUCCGCUCCACCGAAAUACCGCGGACAACAACCCCGAUAUCCCCUUCAAAUUCAACAAGGAGAAUGAAACCGUCAUCGCCGAGAUCCUCAAGCGGUAUCCCGAGCAGUACAAGAAGGCCGCCGUCAUGCCCCUGCUCGACCUAGGCCAGCGCCAGCACGGCUUCACCAGCAUCAGUGUCAUGAACGAGGUCGCUCGCCUGUUGGAGAUGCCGCCCAUGCGAGUCUACGAAGUGGCCUCCUUCUACACCAUGUACAACCGGAGCCCCGUGGGCAAGUUCUUUGUCCAGGCAUGCACAACGACCCCCUGCCAACUGGGCGGCUGCGGAUCCGACGUCAUCGUCAAGGCCAUCAAGGAGCACCUCGGCAUCAAGCAGGGCGAGACGACGGCCGACGGCCUCUUCACCUUCAUCGAGGUCGAGUGCCUCGGCGCCUGCGUCAACGCCCCCAUGAUCCAAAUCAACGACGACUACUACGAGGACCUGACGCCCGCGACGGUUGUCGACCUGCUCAAGGCCCUGAAAGCCAGCGCCGGCGAGGCCAGCGCCGCCGCCAAUGUCCCCAAGCCCGGGCCCCUGACGGGCAGAGAUACGUGCGAGAACAGCAAGGGCCAGACAAACCUGUUGGAUGAGCCGUGGGGCGUUGAGAAGACGAGAUCGGACUUGUAG